AUGAGAAGAUGUGGUCCACCAGCUUUGACUAUCUUCGUCGGUUACGCUCCAACAUCAAGCUACGAUGAAGAAGAAGUCGAAGCUUUCUAUAUGGACCUGGAGAAGUUCUACCGAGAAGAUCAUGCCUUCUACAAGGUCAUAAUUGGCGAUUUCAACGCCAAAGUUGGCCCAAGAAGAACGCCGGAGGAACUUCACAUCGGGACCCACGGCCUACAAUGGAACGACCAGUGGGAGAGGCUCUCCGAGUUCAUCAUGACGACUAAGACCAUCCAUGGGAACUCGCAAUUCCAGAAGCCCUCCUCUCUACGCUGGACGUGGGAGUCACCCGGUGGAGGAUACCGUAAAAAAUAG